AUGGAAUUGGCAUAUAUGGCACAGUGAGUCUUGCGCAGUCUUGCGCCCCGCCCCGCCCCGCCGCACAUUCUAUUUACUACUCAGACUGUGACUGGCCACGCAACCGCCCCCGCAGACAUGGCGUAUAUUUGAGCAUCCAUGGCGCGAAACCGUCCUCGACUCGCCACAAAGUCUGGCUGAAGCAUUUGUUCGGCUCGCCACGAUCGAUUGAGAAGUAACACGAACGCGCGAUGAACGGCAACGGAGCAACUUAUUCACGACGUACCGAAUCAGUGUCUUUGCCAGCGCCGUGUCCUCCUUGACCUCGCUCAAGGGUCACAAGUAACCCGCUUGAUAUGUCAACGGUUGCACAACAAGAUUCAAACUUCCCCCUCUUUAUGUUAAAUGCCGCGGGCGCAUUGCGAGGAGCUACACCACUGGUGGGAAGGUAGCUAGCAAGCGCACGCAUCGUAAUCACCCUUGCCAUGCAUCGUCAAGACGACAUGGUUGGCGUCGUGAGUGGCAAGACGGGAUAAAGUUGGGUGGCUGCAUGCAUGCCUUUGUCGCAGUGCAUCAAGGCAAGGACACGGACACGUUCCUUACAGCAACGCGGAUGCCCUUAAUGGCCCUGCCACCUGGCUGCUGCUUUGCCUUAUAGCGAACAUGAGAGUGGCAUGGUCCGGUGUCUCAAAAGGGUCCCUAGAGCUAGCACAUUUCCAGUCGAUUUCCAUCCCACCUUCUUCUCUUCUCUUCUAGCUAGAAUCAGCCGGCCUAAGUCUCGCGCGUCUUUUGCUCUAAAUUUCGGAGCACCUGCUCAAUCUUUUUCCGCAUUUGCUCGCCAAUCUCUGCGGCAUCCCACGACUAGAAAACCGCAGAGGCACGCAAAGCCACCGUCACCUUCGCUCGGGCGCAGCAGGACCGCAAUGCGGCGGAUUCUCUUCGCUCUUUGCUUUGCUGCCCACAGCAUCGGCUUGCGGUCAUGCAGAGCAUCAGGAUUUUCAGCGCAGGUAGGUAUCAGUCCUUUCGCUGCACGUAUAUCGAAGGAAAUGCUUACGCUAGGAGUGCGCUUUCAUUAGGAGGUCGGAACCCAUGCAGAUAAUCUUCGUUCCAGAGCCAUAGCACGGCUCGGCAUUCACCUGCAGGAUGGGCGGGCUAGUGCGCAUACUACCGUCGUUCCUCUCGAGCGCAGGUCUCCUUUGAAAGCUUCUCUGGAAGCCGCUAAGGCCGUAGCAAAAGACAAGGUGCCCACUGGUAGUGCAGCGGACAAAGUCAAAGACGGCGCAAGCUCUUCGUCGGUAGAGGCUGUGAAAAGCAUUGAAGCGCUUGGGGAAGAAAAGACUAUGGGCCGUGCACGUUUGCCAGAUGGUCAGGGCUCGGCACGCACGUUGUCACGCCAGAGGUAUCGGGCGAAAAAGGAGCGCAGGCCUUACCUUGGCCCUGACAGAGGAAAGCGGGUAGGUCGACCUGGGAAAUUAGACAUUGGUCAAGGCUCAUCGUCGACCCUCUUCAGACAAAGACGAGCAAUGCAAGAAGCCGCCGCGAAGCAGCUUGCGCUUGAAGCAGGAGACGCUGCUGCUCUGGCACGGCAAGAGGCUCAUCAGAAAGCUUUGUAUGAGCAGAAUAAGGUAACCGUCGCGACCAGCCGUCAACGCUCAAGACUCAGGGAGCGGGGCUGGAGCGAAAUGCGAAUCUGGCGAACUUUACCGGGAGAUGCAAGAAGAGCAUCGAAUAAAAUCAGAGAGAGGUUGGAUAAAGAGAUCAAAGCAGCAAACGCUGAUCCGCGCGAAUUCUACCCGGAAUACUCCAAUGACCGCGUGGGCGAGAAUGCUCUGACUACUGCCCGCCAAAGACUACGCAUGAAGGGCAUCAAGGAGGACGUGAUCUUCCAACAGUAUCCGGGAAAGACACCUUUGGACCGUCCACGUAGAGGCCGACCUCCCGUAUACAAAGGACCUGGCCAAGUUCCGGCGAAAUUCCAGCCAGGGCGGUACGUGCGUGUCGGUGGAACUUCUCGCGUGUCAGACUCUGCCCUGCCGCUGCUCACCGCGAGCCGUGCUGCGCCGCAAGUGGGUUCUUUGGGGCGGGCUGCUCCCAGCAACUCAGCCAAUAUCGCGUCCUCCGAAACACCUCACCGGAUGCUUGAUUUUGACCUCAAUCUUCCACCGCCUGAGCACUAG